UCUGUCAAUUGUUAGUAUUGUUGUUAAUUUGACAGUUGCAAACAAACUAAACAACGUGCAGAGUUUAUUAGAGUGGAUAAUACACCUACAUAUCGUUAUGGCUUUAUCUAAUAUUAAGAAGCGAAAUAUUUCGAAAUCUCUACCAAAAGAACAAGUGCCAGAUGAUUCCGAAGUUGAAAAUUCUAGCGAAGGCGAUCCUGAGGAUGAUACAGAAGGAAACGCCGGAUGGGCUGAUUGUAUAGCCAAAGUACUUAAUACAUCCAAGCCGAAAGCAAAGAAAACAUUGGUGUUAUCCCGUGCAAGAAAACUCAAACCGAUCGAUAAGUUGAAAUCAAAAACUUUGGAUUAUGGUUUCGAAGUUGAAGGUGAAGAGAAAACUGAUGUAAAACCGUUAAAAGAAGAUAUUGAUGAGCAAAUAAAACAUCGUAAGAAUGUGCCGCUGGAAUUGCGUGUAAAGCCUUCCUGGAAAGAUAUUGAACGUGAACGAGUACUGCGAAAAGUUGCAACUAGAGGUGUUGUCCAGUUGUUUAAUGCAGUUCGCAUACAACAAAAAGACAUCCAAACACAAUUGGAUGCCGCCGGUCCAUUGGAUAGUCGAAAAGAUGCAGUUUUAAACAAUAUAAAUAAAAGAAAAUUCUUAGAUGUUCUUAUGAGUGGCAAUCGAGCGAAGUCGGAAGCUGUUGACAAUCCUGUAAAAAGUGAGAAUAUGAAGAAAGUAGAUAUCAGUGACGACGAAGAUCACACGUCGUCCAUUACACAAAAGAAAAGAAAAUCGGAGUGGAGUGUACUUCGUGAAGAUUUUAUGACAAAUAAAAAGAUUAAGCAUUGGGAUGAAGAUGACGACGAAGAAACUGGUGAAGCACCAGAUAAUUCUGAUAUUGAGGAAGAUAGUGGAGAUGAAUAAUAUAAUUGUAUUUUAACAAAAGUUGUUUUUAUUUUACUUGUUAUAAAGAGUGGAAAUAUCAGGCACAAUUAUUUAGUGCUUAUUUGUACAGAUUCAGUAUUUGUAUACAUACAUACAUAAAAUUGUGUUAUGCGAAUGUAAACAUAGAUACAUUAGGAUUAUCUUAUAUAAAGAUUACUAUCUAAUGAAAAAGUAAGAAAUUCUCAAUAAAACUGAAACUCUUCGUUGUCACAACUAGA